AGAAGAUGAGCAUCUUCUGUGGGUCAGUAAUAAGGAUGAAUGCAUCCCUCCAGAGGCAGUCCAACGUCUCCUCAGAUUUGGAAGUUUCUUCAUAUUAUCUGCUGGAGGAGUGGACUCUCAACACACCAGACAAAAAUGUGAAGAUGUUUUUAAUCCCUCCCAUCGUCUGCCUCGUGGCAGGUGUCCUCAUCAUUCCUUCCAUCUUGUUUGUCAUCUUCUCUAGGUUCAACAUCCGCCAGGAGACAAGGUACAUGCUGCUGGGGAACGCUCUGCUGUGCGACCUGCUCUACCUCCUGCUCUACACCCUGUCAGCUGUUCUCAGUGCAGCACAUGUAAGCCUCCCAAAGGAAGCCUGCGUUCUCCAGUUGUUUUCUCUGGCCGUGGCUUACUGUGGAGGAUUGUUCACAGCUGCCGCGAUGGUUUUGGACACGUACAUAGCUAUUCUGUUUCCUCUGCGUUACCUCGUUAUUCUGCCUUCUUCACGAACAAGGAAAGUAAUUGUAUUGCUCUGGGUCUGUUCUGGGGCUCUCCCUGGGGUUUUCUUCCUGGUGCUAUCCAGAACUCACAGCUUUGUGCCCUGCGUCCUGGAGAUGUGUGCCAUUCCAGUCAUAAUAUUGCUAACUCUAGGAGGGACUGAUGCAGUGAAACUCAGUUUCUGGCUGUCUGCCAUGGUUAUUUUUCUCUUCCUGUCCCUAAUAUUCUGUUGCUACGGCAUCCUUUAUUUUAAAACCAGGAGAUCGGGUAUAUGGGAGAGCAUCUGCUCCAGAGCCAGCGUGACAUUCUUAAUGCAAAACACUGUGUUCUUCUUUUAUUUCUCUCCACUCUUGGUCCUGUUUGUGGAAUCGUUCUUGUAUGUUAACAUUAUCAUUGGACUGCAGACAUCAAUCUGGAUCUCCCUGACCAUCUGUAAUGUCCUGAUGAUUCUGCCUAAAGUUUUGUUCCCCUUUCUAUAUGGGCUUCGGUACAGGGAGAUCUCAGCAUCUCUCAGAUCCCUCAUCAGAAUUAAGCAUCUUCACGUGGUGUCACCCGCUCCAUUGCCAUCCUGAGGCAGCACAGCAGACAGCCACAUCCUUGCCUUGUCAGAGCAUAAACCUGGUGGCAAUCACUCAGCUUCUGUCAGAAGGCCACAGGUCUUUCAUCACAUCACAGCUGGGAUUGCAGCAGAUGCUGCCCGGUGAAGUUCCAAGCUUUGUUUUGGUGUCGGAGGAGACAGUCAGUCAAGGUCAUUUCCACCCUCCUGUGGCAAAUACCCUUCUGCGAAACAGAAAAUGAAAAACUAGACAGUGUGAAGCAGAGGGGUGCAAAGCAAAGGGGGUAACUGCAGCUCUUGAGAGAUCACCUGCAUGAGCAAGAUCCUUAAACAAGCAUGCUGAGAGCAGAAUCACUGGUCUUUUUUCCCCUUACAGUGUAUUCUUGCAAGGUUGGUAACUGACAUACUGCUCUGUAAAACCUUUGCAGGAAGGUGUCUCUGCAAACCACAGCACUAUGCUGCACAACAUGCUAUGCUUUAUCCUGUGUCUGCAUUAUGGGCUCUGCAUGACUGCCUGCCAAAUGCUGCCUUCCCAUAGAGCUGGGCUGCUGGGCAGUCUGGGGGGCAAUAAGGGACACUGGGUGGGCACCUAUUAGCUAAAGCAGCUGCUCGUGGAGUUGCAGGCUAAAAAUUUCCCUUCAAAGAGAAGUGAUGUUAUUUUCAGUCUAACUGAAAUUACCCCAGAGAUCUGUUUUGUAGCAUGUUCUGCAAACUGCUGUGUCAGCACAGCUGAGGGGAGAUAUAUCUCGUUGUGCAGGUGGGAAUGAGCAGGGAAGUGGUGGGGGCUGUUCUGUGAAGGGACCUUCUUGUGUGAGAGCAUCAUGAAGCUGAAGUUGUUGCAAGUGAAUAAACCUUCUUGCAUGUUUGUUUUGCUCAUGGC